CAGCCCAGCUGGGGCACAGUUCGUGGGGAACUCAGGGGAGGUAGUGUGCAGCCCUGGGCGGGCAGUGCUACCUGACCAUGGCGGUGCCCGGGCGACUCCUUAUCCGCGGGGGUCGCGUGGUUAACGAUGACUUCUCUCAAGUGGCCGACGUGCUGGUGGAGGACGGCGUGGUGAGGGCCCUGGGACCCGACCUGUUGCAGCCAGGGGACGCGCCCGCAGAGCUGCGGAUCGUGGAUGCGACGGGCAAACUGGUCCUGCCCGGCGGCAUCGACACGCACACGCACAUGCAGUUUCCAUUCAUGGGCUCACGGUCUGUUGACGACUUCUACCAGGGCACUAAGGCUGCCCUGGCAGGAGGCACCACUAUGAUCAUUGACUUUGCCAUCCCUCAGAAAGGCAGCUCCCUCAUUGAGGCCUUCAAGACCUGGCGCAGCUGGGCAGACCCCAAAGUCUGCUGCGACUACAGCCUGCAUGUGGCGGUAACAUGGUGGAGUGACCAGGUUAAAGAAGAAAUGAAAAUCCUUGCCCAAGAUAAAGGUGUUAACUCUUUCAAGAUGUUCAUGGCCUACAAAGAUCUAUACAUGAUACGAGAUGAGGAGAUGUAUGCAGCCUUCUCACAGUGCAAAGAAAUUGGAGCUAUUGCUCAGGUGCAUGCAGAAAAUGGAGACUUAAUUGCAGAGGGUGCAAAGAAGAUGUUGGCAUUGGGGAUAACAGGCCCUGAGGGGCAUGAGCUGUGCCGCCCGGAAGCAGUGGAGGCAGAGGCCACACUCAGAGCCAUCACCAUAGCCAACACUGUGAACUGCCCUCUGUACAUAGUGCACGUGAUGAGCAAAUCCGCAGCCAAGGUCAUAGGCGAUGCAAGGAGAGAUGGGAAAGUGGUCUAUGGAGAACCAAUCGCAGCAGGUCUGGGCACUGAUGGCACACACUACUGGAGUAAAGAAUGGCACCACGCAGCCCAUCAUGUCAUGGGUCCACCGCUGAGACCUGAUCCUUCAACACCUGGCUUUCUCAUGAAUCUGUUGGCUAAUGAUGAUUUGAGCACAACAGGGACUGACCACUGCACUUUCAACACCUGCCAGAAAGCUCUAGGGAAAGAUGACUUCACUAAGAUUCCCAAUGGGGUGAAUGGUGUUGAGGACCGGAUGUCAGUGAUAUGGGAAAAAGGCGUGCACAGUGGUAAAAUGGAUGAAAACCGAUUUGUGGCAGUCACUAGCACAAAUGCAGCCAAAAUCUUUAAUCUUUAUCCAAGAAAAGGAAGGCUAGCUGUUGGGUCAGAUGCUGACAUUGUGAUCUGGGACCCAGAAGCCACAAGGAGGAUCUCAGCCAAAACUCACCAUCAGGCUGUGAAUUUCAACAUCUUCGAGGGCAUGGUUUGCCAUGGAGUACCCCUGAUGACUAUUUCGAGAGGCAGAGUGGUAUAUGAAGAUGGCAUUUUCAACGUCAUGGCAGGAGAUGGAAAGUUUAUUCCACGCAAACCAUUCUCUGAAUAUGUUUACAAACGGAUCAAGCAGCGAGACCAGACCUGCACCCCUAAGCCAGUGCUGCGUGCACCAUAUAAGGGAGAAGUCAUCACACUGACAAAAGAAGAUGCCGCAGCUGGGACCAGGAUGCAGGGCCAUUCCUGAUCUAGGUGCUGUGGUUAAGGGACAUGAGCAAAGAAAGUGUUCCUGGUAAAACUGCAGCAAAGGCUGCUGAGGGUCCCUUCCCAUCGCACGCUGUCAGCCUCCAGGAGAAGCAGGUCUCUUUCAACUCCCCAAGAUCCUGUAGGAGAAAUAAUCGCUCUAGCCUCUUUGAUUUUUCUCUCAGAAGCAUUUGCUGUCUGCCUCACUGUGCCAUUGUUGCUGUGGAAGAUCGAAGAUAUAAAUGAAUGUUAUUGUGAUAGAAAGUCUGCAUGAAGAUUCAUUGACGAUUCUUUUAAAAUGUUUUCUUGACUUACACUAGAUUUCUUUCUUUGAAUUUUAAAAAAUGACUUCCUUGUGUAAAGCUUUUUUAAUGGCUACAUUCAUUUAAAAAUACCACUGUGAUUUUACAUUUGAUUACAAUUAAUAAACACUAAGAACGUCAUUUUAUA